GGAACACCCCACAACAGAGAGAGUCAAGCGAUGGAGGGGACCGGCGUGUGCUCAUGAGGUCUCCGGAAAUGGACUUGAUGGAGUCGUUCACCAACAUACCGAUGGAACUAUCAAAUAGUGGCGACGGAGUUGGCUUUGAGCCUAUCGACAGCCUUUCGCUAUGGGAGUGGGGCGAGAACGGAAUCGAUAUCGAUGCAUCGAACAGUCAUCACUCGAGUUCCGUGCCUCAGAUGUGGGAUAUUUCAUCAGGCCAGGCUAUGCUCAGUGGUAUGGAGUUCGACGUUGGUCACAGUACCGGGGGACCAGGACAGGAGCCAUCACCGCCUCUAAGCCACGCAAGCCAACAAAACCUGUUUCAGGACGACCGGACUUCUCUUCUACCGCCAGCAGACUUUACCAAAGACUCCACUUCUUCCUCUCCAGCUGCUUCAAAUCUCAUCUUCGACCUUUCCAAGGAUGUGGAUUGCAAAUGUUCCGCUCAGAUCAGCCAGCUCAUUUAUUCGGUCAGUCUACGGCGCGCGACAGCAACACCACUAGACGUUAUCUUCGCUGUGGAGGAACAGCUCACCCAGACCAAAGACACAAUCACCGCAUGUGCGAAAUGCUCUUUCAGCUCACCAUACAUGAGCAUGAUGUUUUGCACUGCCAUGAGCUGGGUGAUUGAGCAUCUAGAAACCUAUAUGCGCGAGGCAACGGCAGUCAGCGCUUCCAACGGCCAAACGACAUACCUGACCAUCGGCGGCUUGACGCUGAGUAAAGAUAUGUCUCAGUCGUGUUUUGAGGCUCUAGUGAAGCUGCGCCUUAGACGACUUGUCCGAACAGCACGAGAAUUGACACUGUUCAACAUGGUGACGAAUAGUACGCUUUUGCAGGGGGUACGGUCGACAGCAGCUGAGAUUGGAGCGGCAGCGCAGCAGAUGUUCGGAAUGUUGGAGAUGAGAGGUGCCUUUUAGAAAAGAGAAAAGCUCGCGUAGCGGAGGAUGCCAGCACGAUGUCUAUGAGAAAGUGGAUAACAGGAGUUAAAUGGUAGCGCUGGUAGCACCUCAUGAUAUUUAGA